UGAUUGUGUUUGUUAAGGAUACGGAGAGUCACUGAUGAAGCAACAAAUAUUGCUGUGAAACUGUAACAUUUAUCGAUGAAUAUCUUUAAAUUCAUGUGAAUGACCAAAAUGAUUCAACAGAAGCUGCCACGGGCUGUUUUAACGAUAUUAACAGUACUGCCGAUGAUGGUACCGCACAGCUGCACAGCCGAGCAGCAAAAAUUUCGACUGACUCCGGUGGAUUUGGUCGUGUCGGAGGGUUCCGAGGCGCUGUUGCGAUGCGAAAUUCACAAUGCUGCCGGUUCGGUACAGUGGACCAAGGAUGGUUUUGCGCUGGGGUUUACGCAGAGCAUACCGGGAUAUCCCAGGUACUCGGUGCUCGGUGACAGUGGCCAGGGCAUCUACAACCUGCGAAUAGUGAACGUCACGCUGGACGAUGACGCCGAAUAUCAGUGCCAAGUGGGUCCUUACAUGCACCACACACUCAUCCGUGCCAAGGCAAAGCUGACCGUAAUAGCUCCACCAUCUUCAAUUCAAAUCCAGGGCUACAGCCAACAUGCAAAGGCCGAGGUGCGUGAGGGCAAAGAGCUGUCACUAACAUGCAUCGUACCGCACGCGAGACCAGCUGCACGGAUCGUUUGGUACCGGGCAAAUGUGGAGUACAAAUCAGACAAUAUCGACACAAAGACCGCAGAAACGGAAGAUCGCCGAUACACCGUAACGUCCAAGCUGCACCUUCGACCGACCGCGGAGGAUGACUACAUCGACUACACGUGCCAAGCCCGACACCAGGCAAUCCCGGAAGACCGUCCAAUGCAGGCCACCGUGCAGCUGUCAGUGCUCUAUCCUCCCGGAGUGCCGUACAUCGAUGGAUACAACCCUGGCGAAGCGAUACGCAGAGGCCAACACGUAAAGCUUGCAUGUCGCAGCCGUGGCGGUAACCCACCAGCUCAACUGAUCUGGUACAAGAAUGGGAAUCAGGCCCGCAUGGCGUACCGGACGACUGAUCGACUGUCAGAAAAUGUCUAUUCCUUCGUAGCGGAAGCAACUGACAACAAAGCACGCUUGCGCUGCGAAGCCAACAACAUAAUGGCAACGAAGAUUCUUAAGGCAGAAAUUACGCUCAAUGUUUUGUUUGCACCAACACAGGUAAUAGUUUCCGGACCAUCAGAGGCACGUAUAGGAGACAAUGUGGCCCUACAGUGUCAGACAACGGCAUCGAAUCCUGCAGCCGAAAUUAAAUGGGUUGUUAAUGGGAAGCAGGUGGCAAAUGCUUCCUCGAAAGUUGUUGCAAGCCCUGAAGGAGGAUGGGUUACAACGUCCAAUAUAACAGCUACGGUGGAAGCCAACAAACGUUCGCUGAUUGCCAUUUGCCAUGGCGUUAACAUGCAGCUGCCCGAAAACGUACAAUCCACACACACCGUUAAUGUACUACUUCCUCCUGGACCACCAAUUAUAUCAGGCUACACGGAAGGAACAAUUAUAGCGGAAGGUUCAAGGCAAAAGCUCAUGUGUGUUUCAUCUGGAGGCAAUCCAUUGGCAACACUGGUUUGGUACAAGAACGAUAAGAAGAUCAAAUCCGUAAGCAAAACGACAGACCAGUCGGUUUCUGCCGAGCUGUCGGUAGUGGCGAACGUAACUGACAAUCAGGCACAGUACCGGUGCGAAGCCCACAAUUCGGCCACCGAGAUUCCGCUCUUCGAGACGAAAGUUCUGACCGUACACUUCGCUCCCGAGACGGCCAAGAUACGGAUCGAACCGGCGGAGCUGCGACCCGGCAUCGAAGCGACGCUGAUAUGUGACUCGAGCUCCAGUAAUCCACCGGCAAAGUUGGUCUGGCGGCACGAAGGAACCGUACUGGAAGGUACGAACAGCUCCUCGAAAGCGGGACUGUGGGGCGGUACCGUGUCUUCGCUCGAGCUGAAGCUGAACAUCACGCAGGAUAUGGAUGGCCACGUAUACACCUGCCAAAGUACGAACGAGAUGCUGCAGCGUAGCGUCAAUGUGGCUGUCAGUUUACCGGUGCUGUAUGAGCCCCAGUUCUCACCGCCGGCCGAAACAACCGUGAGCGGAGUGGAAGGUGCACCACUUACCGUUGCCCUGGUCGCGACCGGUAAUCCCUCCUCGAUCGCCUACACCUGGACCAAGGACAACGGACAACGGAUAGCAUCGUCCGGUGUGCCGAGAAUCGUCUCGGAGGGACCGAUCCUUAACAUUACCAAGCUGAAGCGCUCGGAUGCCGGCGUGUACACGUGCGAAGCCGUCAAUUCCCAAGGGUCGGCGAUGAUUAAUAUCACCCUGCAAGUCAAGUAUGCUGCUACGAUAACAUCCAUUUCGGAACCCGUUAUCAUAAACCCGGGCGAGGAUGCAGUACUAAACUGCACCGUUGACGGAAACCCAUUAACGCCGGAACACGUACGCUGGGAGCGCAAAGGGUACGAUCUGAAGGCAAAAACGACUACGGCCUACGCGAACGCAACCGGUACGCUGGUGGUAAAGGAUGCCCAACGGGAGGAUGUGGGCAAUUUCCGGUGCAUCGUUGAUAAUCGUGUCGCAGACCCGGCGGCCCGUGAUGUGCUAUUGAUUGUCAAAUUUGCACCCGAAAUCGAUAAAUCACCCGCUAUGCUACGGGCAGCAUCCGGAGCCGGUGAACAAGCUCGUAUGCCCUGCCGUGCCAAGGCCGCACCCGAACCCACCUUCCUCUGGAUACGAUCGGGCCAGGAACUUAGCGUCAACCAGACGUCGAAAUAUAAAGCCUUCCAGCGUCAGCUUGACCCGCUAACGUACGAAUCCAUCCUUUUAAUCGAACGCAUUUCCUCGUCCGACUAUGGCGAGUACGAGUGUCGCGCCAAAAACGACCUUGGCAGUGGUGCCGGCACUGGCCGGCUGGAUGUAAAAUCUGCCCCAGAUCCACCGACCACGCUCACGGUACUGAACGUUACGCACGACAGCGUUACGCUCGGCUGGGAGCCCGGUUUCGAUGGUGGCCAUCGAGCCAGCUACCGGAUACGCUACCGUGAAGCAUCCUCCGAACGGUACCGGUACGAGGAUGGAUCACCGAACGCUCGGCAGCUUACUGUGACGGGGUUGCGUAGCAACACGCUCUACCUGUUCUCGGCAAUGGCCGCCAACGUGCUCGGCGAGAGCCGCUACCUGCCCGAUCUGACCCGCGCCCAAACUCGAGAUCCCCCACCAACCGAUACCGCUUCGUCCGUGCUCGGCAGUAAGCCACCGUUGGAAUCUUCGUCCUUUCUGGGACCUUCGUCACCGGCCGGUACGUCCGGAUUGCUGCUGCUAGGGAUUGGGGUCGCGGCCGGCAUCUGCCUGGUGCUGCUCAAUAUCCUUCUUAUCGGAUUCUGUCUCUACCGGCGUGGACUGCCCAGUGCGAGCAGUCCGGGCGCUCAUCGUGCACGCCGCGAACGCCACAAACACAACAACGGACCGUACACGACUAGUGGUGGCAGUAGUGGUGACUCAUCAAACCCAAACAGUAAAUCAGCUACGAUCGAAAUGUAUGCGCCCAGCUCGUACAACGAUACCGUCACCGGGGAAACACUGUCGAGCGUUUCGGAGAAGAGUGACGCAUACUCCAACGAUGGCAGCCAGCAAGACUUUAUGGAUGAAACACGGAAAAGAGCAGUUUCCACCUACCUUAUCGAUGGAGGUGAAAUUCAACCACCGAGAUAUCAGCAAGAAAGCACUUUACCUCACUAUGCAAGCAAUACUGGCACCGACAAUGGAUAUGAUCAAUCAGGUCCCGCCGAGAGGCUCAACAACUCCACCAUGGAUGGUUCGUACUAUCACAUGAACAACGACCGUUUCUAUCCCCCCAUGGAUUAUCCGGGCAUUGAGUUUCCUACACCUGCAUUACCAAUACUACCCCCCUCGAUGGCUCCCACGGAAAGCUCUUCCGAAACGUUACGAAGAGUUGCCCGAACGAUGGUACCGCCACCGGAUGUAACGCAUCACACACACCACCGUACAGGGGGCCAUCUGCACGAUGGCAGCCACUCUUCCACGAUUCCAUACGGUAGUCUCAAUGCCAGCAUUUCACAAGCCGUCCAGUCGACUCCCAAACAACCGCCCGGCAUUCUGAAGGAUCCAAAGCGAAGCAAUAGUUCCGCUAGCGGUAGUCAGACCUAUUCAACACUACCACACCAGCAUCAACUGUACAGUGUGCACAACCCAUCACCGAUUCCGUCGGACCAGUAUGUUGGGGGACCAAGUGGAGGUUUUUUGGUACUGGAACCGCAUGGACACACCAUGAGCGUCGGUACCAGUGCGGGUAGUAGCUUGCUGAUGGGAGCGUAUGAUCCACCAGCCAGCUCUAGCUUGGCGUCAUAUAAUGUGUCCGUUGGGUAUACCGAUUCCGAUGGACAUCUUGUUUAG